AUGCCUGCAAAAGACUUGUUAGAGAGUAACGAGCUAUCGCAAAUUUCUGACGAGGAUGAGUUCCCUUCAAAAAAUCCAGACAAUGAUGCUUCAAGUCUUGAAAAGAACAUAGUUGUGCCAAAUGAUGUCGCUCCAUUAUCUACACCUCUACCAAGAAGACUACAAACUGCUGCUGUCUUGUGGCAUACCAUUUCAAUUCCUGUUUUCAUUACUAUUUUCUUCAUCUCAUUAGCCAUUCCCAUCUUUUGGUUGAUUGCGGUUCCUUAUUUAUUCUACUUAUUCACAGAUCGCACACCUUCAAAUGGCCAGGUCACCAAAAGAUAUUCGGAGAGAUUCAGAAAAUUGAGUGUUUGGAAGUAUUUUUGCAAUUAUUAUCCAGUCAAGCUAUUCAAGACUCAUAAUUUAGAACCAACUUUCACAGAAGUGGAAAUUAAAGAUGAUUAUUACAGAUUGCCACCACCUUUGAGUUACCUUUUCAAAAUCAAUAAAAAACCUUACAAGAAGCUUCAAAAGACUGGUCCUAAAUAUAUAUUUGGCCUGCAUCCCCAUGGUGUUGUUUCCUUGAGUGGAUUUGGUGGUAUUGGAACUGACGGAGCUAAUUGGUCUAAGCUGUUUCCUGGAAUUCCAGUAUGUUUAUUGACACUUUUGAACCAAUUCUAUAUCCCACUUUAUAGAGAUUACCUUUUGGCCCUUGGUAUAACUUCAGCAGGUCGUAAUAAUGCCCUCAAAAUAUUGAAGCAAGGAUUCUCCUUAGCAAUUGUCGUUGGUGGCGCCCAAGAAUCUUUAUUAGCAAGACCUGAAUCUACUGAGAUUGUACUUCAAAAGAGAAAAGGAUUCAUCAAAUUAGCUCUUGAAACAGGAAAUGUAUCACUUGUUCCUUGUUAUUGUUUUGGUGAAAAUGAACUAUACAAUAUCUUAGAACCAGAUGAGGACUCCUAUUGGAGAAAGCUGCAACUCUGGUUGAAAAAAAGUUUUGGAUUUACAAUCCCAUUUUUCCAUGCAAGGGGUGUCUUUAAUUAUGAUUUUGGGUUAUUGCCCUUCAGAAAAGAAGUUACCCUUGUUACAGGGAAACCAAUACCUGUUCCAUUUCUUCCAAGUCCAAAAAAGACUGAAGUUGAUUACUACCAUGAGCUUUACGUGAACGAGUUGCAAAGAAUUUUCGAUGAAUACAAGACCAAAUUUCAAGAAGAUGGCCAAAACAGUACGUUAAAAAUAGUGGAGUAA